AUGACGUACGAGGAGCUGUUGCAGAGAGAAGUAGGCGCCUACAACCUCCGCGUCAAUAUCGACCACCGACAGCCCGUAGAUGACCUGGAGGUGGAGGUGCGCAUGCAGGAGCAGGCGCCACUGCUGCUGGUGGAUGUGCCCACGCUGCAGGAGAGCCACGAGGUGCUAGACUGGCCGGGCAAUGCCACGGACCCCCUGGCGCGCAUCGAAAGUCUGACGUCGUCGUCUGCCAUCGUUCGCUGGGCGCCCACCAGGGAGGAGCAGCAGCAGCGGGGCAACAGAGGUGUCUCCGGGCAGCUGGUGGUGCGCUACGACGUGGACCGCGACGCCAGCCCCAGCCAGGUACUCGUGAGCGAUGACGGCUACUUCGUGCACUUCUACGCGCCUGCCGGCCUGCCGCCGCUUCCAAAGCACGUCGUCUUCGUGCUCGACGUCAGCGGCUGGAUGCGCGGCCGCAAGAUCGAGCAGCUCAAGACGGCCAUGAGCACCAACCUGGACGAGCUCAACGCCGACGAUCUCUUCUCCCUCAUCCCGUUUUCUUCUGCAGUGCAGGUAUGGCAUCCAGACGUGCCACUCAGGUUUCACUCUACGUGGGAGGAGAAUCUGAACUCAGAGUUCAACUCCAGCGCCAUUGUCGAAGCCACAAGCGAGAUAAUCGCCAAGGCCAAACGCAGCUUUAACUUCUUUGCAGCGAAUGGAGGCACGUACAUGUUCAGUGCACUGAAGACAGCGCUGCGCGUCUCAAAAAAGAGGGUGGCCAGUGGGGGCGGCUGCCUGGGGAUGGGGCGUCGUCGUCACUUGCCCAUGGUGGUGCUGCUGACAGAUGGGGAGGCCAACAGAGACUACCUGCGCCGCCUCGCGCUGCGCAACAGCGGCAUCAGCCGCAGGAUCUACGAGGCCGCCGACGCCCACCUGCAGCUGCGCAACUUCUACCGACAGAUUGCCUCGCCGCUCCUCACUGACGUCAAGUUCAACUACGAUGGUCAGCAGGUGGACGAGGACACGCUGACGAGGGCGGCUGGCCGUGCUAGGGACGCGGUGCCACAGCCAGCGGUGGCCAACGUGACGUCAGCGGAGCGGCUGUGGGCCUACCUGUCGGUGCGGCAGAUGCUGGAGCAUGACGCGCCAAACGACACUGUCCGCGCCAGGGCCAAGGACAUCGCUCUCAGGGUAACACGCAGCUCAAUACCUUCCAGCUGA